AUAAGUUCUUGUGUUGAAAUUUGGAAAAAAAGAAGGAAAGGAAAGAAGCGAGUUUAUUGGUCGUUCAUGGCGAAGAGAAGAGCUAAACACAUGCAACAUGCCUGAAUACCCGCCGCGGUGGCUUAGCGGCUGUGGUGUUAAUUGCGAUUCUAAAUACGAGGUCGCAGGAUCAAAUCGCGGCCGCGCGACCGCGUUUCGAUAGGGGCGAAAUCCAAAAAACGUUCAUGUCCGAUGCAUUGGGGGCACGUUAAGGAUCCCUUGGUCAAAAUUACUCGAGAGUCUCUCACUACGACGCGUCUCAUAAUCAAAUCGCGGUUUUGGCACGUAAAACCCCAGAAUCCAACAUGCCUGAAUCAUGAAGAUACGCUCAUGUAUACUACGUUUAGAAACUCGAAAUUGUAUCGGCGCCCCACUGACACAAACACACAAAGAAAUGCAGCGUGUAUUCUACGCACACAAGAAUGCAAAAAAAAAAAGAAAUGUGACUGGCCUUUGGGCGAGUCACAAAGCUCUAGAUCUGCAAUUCGAGAACACGAAGCAAAAUGCGCAAUGAUGUAACGCAGUGUAUAACGCCGCAAAGGAUGAACGCUUUGCGCAAGUCCACAUUCAUUUUGCACCCUCUAACAUUCCAAUUUCAUUUCAGCAUACGCGAGGAUAUGGAUGGGAAUACGGUUGCGCGCGGCGUACGAAUCGUUAAAGCAGUGCUGUCUGAGCUGCCCCAUAUUGAAACCCCAGGACGCAAGAGCAGAUGUAAUAACAAACGAAUUCACGAUUGCGGUGUUCCCAUGCGCAAUACUCGUAACGGUCCAUCGACAGCGCAUUGCUUCCGCCCUUUGCACGCGACGCACGAGGGGAGCACGCGUAUCUGCCGGCCGUAUAUGCAUGUUUUUCAAGAGGUUCGUUUCGAACGGAGAAUCUGGGCCAAGAAAAGCGGUGCAUGUUCGCGCAAGGAGCGGAGACGGUUGUGUAUCCGCGUCCGUGGAGGCCCACCGAGUUGGGAGAGGGGCCCCAAUGACUGGAAGCUUCCAUUGUCUUUCUAUACACCUGCGCCAGUGUCUUUCGACCUGUUUACCUUGAUAAAAGACAACUCUAUCUGGCAGCCCCCAAGAACCGUUCUUUUGUUCGGCCACUCGACGCGCGAUAUGAUAGCAUUCUCGCCGAGCUCCGUCUUCAAGAACAGCGAGGAAAAGCUGAUUCUUCGCGUCAGCGAUCGCCAUCGAGGGCCUCUUCGAGGGGCUUCUUUCUUUCCUUUUUUUAUUUUUUUCUUUCGUUUCUGCUCCCUCCUUCUUUACGAGCACCGUUCUUGAGGUGCCUUUUGUCCCCCUUAGUCGAGCCAACGACGCCGGACGCUUGCCGUCCGCGUACGAAGACGCCCCCGAUCGAAGUUUUGGGCUUUACCGGCUGUGUGCUCGAUCAUCGUGUUUCUCUUGUGGUGUUUCUGACGACUGCAAGUUUUUUUUUUUUUUACUCGGGUACAGUCACUGCAGCGCCUCGCCGUGUGCUGAAAGGAGUACGCCAUCGAUGUGAACUGCAUCAGUUCCUCUGCAGUGUGCGUUGGACUGCGGCUGCACGCUGAAACUGCACAGGUGAAACUGUGGCUGCUGACGCCGUGUUUGUGGAAGCCUAUAGCUUGCUACGAGGGAAAAAAAUAUUUGGUACCUUCAACAGAACUUAUUCCCUUACGGGAUCCACGGCAUGUUGACGAACCGGAACAGACGUAGGCGCUCGCUGUGACAGAAACUGUACAAAAAGCUAUGCUGGUUUCGGUGUCAGUCGGCUAUUUUGGGAACAGUGCUGAAGCUGCGAACGUCCGCGGAUGUAUCGACGGCUUGAAGGGGACGCUGAGACGUCCGAUUCGCAGCGAGAUACUUAGGCAAAACUAAGAACAACAACACCACAAGUCAAUAGCCAGCGUUCUUCCAAUAAGAACAAUGAGAAAUUCCUGCGGCAAGUGAGAACAUAGUGCAUUUAAAGACCACAACCCCAGUUAUCUCAAUGGUAGAUAACUGAAACCUUCUUCCUUUUUCAUAAGCUACAUCUGUUGGCUAAACUACGUGGGAUUUAUUGAGGCGUACCUACUCAUAGACGCGACGACGAAGAGCUCUAGGCUUUAGCUCACUUCGAGAGCUAUGAUGAACGAACUUCUCACGACUCGUUUUCAAGGAGUGACGGCGUGACACUGCUAAAACGUCGCAAGCCUGCUAAUCAAAUCUACCGGGAAAAAAUCUGCGCAGAUAAUCUGACCGUUCCUCGGAACAAGACGUGAAUCUGAACGCAGGAUACCAUCGGUGAGCCAAUUCUUUGCGGAGUGCACUUAAAAUCCCAACUAAAGCGCGACAGCUGAUGCCAUUAAGCUGGCAAGGAACGCGAGACAGGCGCUCGACGGUCUUUUCUUCGGGAAACCACCCCCGGGCCCUCCCGUGAAGAGCAGCACCACUGGACGUCACACGCAGAGGCGCCGAGAGUCACCGCCUCGCGCACAGGCGAGAAAUUUACGCUGCUCUCCCUCGGGGACCGCGGAGGAAUCGAGGCCGCGUGGCGAGCUCUUCGAGAGCAGCAUCAGCGGCCGGCCGGUCUUCUUCGGUCGCGGUCCUGUCGCAUAGCUGUCCCCGCACCGUCGGCGGCGCCUUUGGUGCCGUAGCCGAAAGGUAGAAGAAGAAGGAGGGAGAUCGCCCCCCCCGUUCGGGGCUCUCCUCCGCCACGGGAGCAGCAGCAGCAGCAGCGUAGAAGAGAGGAGGCGCCUGGCGACUCCGCCCUCCGGCAGCAGCAGCAGCAGGAGCAGAGGGUCCAGCAGCAGCAGCAGCAUCUGCGGCGUCGGCGGAGGCCGCGAGAGAGGGUGUCCCCGCGGCUGCGGUAGCGGAGAGCGGCGGCGCGCCGAACGAGCACUAGCCAUGCCGCCGGCCUCCGCGCGGAGCGGGCAGCGCCGUUGCAGUUAGCCCCGCCGAGAGACCCAUGGAUUACGCGGUGCGCUGGUUCGCCGCUGCCUGGGCCGUGCUCUUCCUCGCCUUGCUCCUGCGCACGGCAACGACUGUGAAGGUGUCCGAAGGCGUGAACGGCAUCAGCCACUUCAACAGGCGGCGGCUCAUCGACCCUAAGAUGGAGGCGUACCGAGAAUCCAUGGCGAUGCGGUGGCAGCUCAUCAUGGAGCCGGCGCGCGUGUGCAAGAAGAAGCGGCUGCUGCGCGGCCGGAAGGCGCGCAUCUGUCGGAAGGAGCCCAAGGUGGUGCGCGAGAUCGCGCGCGGCGUCGACCUGGGCAUUCGCGAGUGCCAGAACCAGUUCCGCUUCCACCGAUGGAAUUGUUCCACGCUUCGCUCCUCCAUGAAGAAGGUGCUCAUGAAAGACACUCGCGAGGCAGCCUUUGUGGACGCCAUCGUGGCAGCGGGAGUGGUGUACGCGCUGACGGAGGCGUGCGCCCAGGGCCGCCUGCUCGACUGCCAGUGCAGGCGGCGGCACAACGCCGCCAACCACCUGCAGGGGCGCACGGGCUGCGACCACUACGUCGACUUCGGAUACCACAAGUCGCGCGACUUCAUGAACCGCAAGCGAGUCGGUGACCUGCGCGCCACCAUCCUGUCGCACAACUAUGAAGCCGGACGACAGGCCGUGCGGCUGCACCUGGAGCGCGUGUGCCGCUGUCACGGCAUGUCCGGCACGUGCUCCCUGAAGACGUGCUGGCGCAAGCUGCCCACCUUCAGCAAAGUGGGACUGCGGCUCAAGCAGCGCUUCCAAGGCGCGGUGCGCGUCACGGCCGGCAACUCGGGCAAGGGCUUCGUGCCGGAGUCGGUGCGACCGCCGGGCCGCGAGGACAUCGUCUUCUCCGAGGAGUCGCCCGACUACUGCGACCCGGACCGACGCACCGGAUCGCUGGGCACGCGAGGGCGGCUCUGCAAGCUGGGCUCGCAGGGUCCCGACGACUGCCGCACCCUGUGCUGCGGCCGCAAGGUGCGCAACCGGCAGACGGUGGUGAGCGUCGCGUGCAACUGCACCUUCCAGUACUGCUGCAACGUGACGUGCCAGACGUGCCUCGAGACUGUGCACGAGACCACGUGUCUAUAGGGUCCUUCGGUGCCGGCUGUUUGUGGACCAAAGACUGCUACUCUGGAAAAGCGCGCCGCUGUGUUGUGCCGCCGCCGCACCCUAUAGCUUUACUUCUUCGAACGCUGCGAGCCGUUAGUGUUUGGCUUAGUGAGAGAGACGAAUGGUGAGACUGCGAGCCUUCUUGGACUGCCCGGAGAAACGUCGCCGUUUGUUUUGAAGCGUCGUACACGCGAAUGACGGAAAACUGCUUUCUUCUUCAUUCGACCGCUAGUAACUUAGAACGUGACUUUUCUUCUGUUAGUUGCUCUCUUGUGCCUCCGUUCGCGCAUUCAAAAACGCCGGUAACGAAGAUUCGAAGCACCGUGUGGAAGCGUUUCUAACCAUGGUUUGAAACAGCGCUUAGAGAGAGGGUUCACGGGGCUGCCUUCCGCCGAGACACGUCAGUGGCGCGGGCUCGUCAGAAGUUAAACAAACCAACAAGAAAAAAAAAAGAACAAAAGUGCUUCUUCGUUUUCGACAAGGUCUGUGAUAUAGUGAACAGUGGGCUCCGUGAGCUCGUGCUUCGAACGACCGACGGCCUGUGUGUGUUUGUGCGUGUGUGUGUUUGUCGUGCUUGCGUGUACAUAUGUGGACUGGAAGCCGGUAUUCGGAAGGUGUGCCGUUGCAUCGCAUCCACCGGUGGUUUUCAAAGCCAGGCACCUGUACGCGUACGCGCGCUUAGAAUGCGGACAAUCUUGCAGACCGAACGCGCGAGCUGCGUGCUGGCGGAAAAAAAAAACGAAGUGUCGGUGGCAUUUUUCUUUCGCGUCGUUGUUGCUACUUUUUGGCGAUUUGAAGAGGACAGUUGUUUGCUGAUCCUUGCCUCCCCCGGCUGAUGGCAUUUAAGACCUGUUAUAGUCAAGUUUCCACGCUUUUGUGUUCUUCCUGUGGCUUUUUUUUUUUCUUCUUCAAGUCAGGAUCGAAAGAUGAAAUGGUUGUUUAUAGUAUUGUGGUGCUCCCAGUGCCGCGCAUGGGAGGUGUGCAGGCUAUGUGAAAAUUUGUUAAUACGUAUGUCAUUCUGAUGCGUAGUUUAAGGCAUUUCACUAACGUGCUCGUGUCAGUGCAGUUUAUAUGUCGGCUUUUCUCGUCGUGUUAUUAUGUGGUGCAGUGUUGUUAGCGAUGUGUUUUUGGUGAGACGCUGGUGACUUUCUCGCGGCUUUUAUGCAGUGUUGAUCACGCUUGUCUAGCACGAACAGCUUUCCGUCAGUUGCUUUCUUGGCACACACAAAAAAAAGCAGCAAUGAAGCAAUUCUUCCUUUCUUUCCUUUUAUUUGGAGAUGGAAUGUGCAGUAACAACUCAAUCAACUAAUUUAUGCGGCGAGUCGCCACACCGCGGUAUUUCGUGUUCUUUGUCGCUGCAUGAAAAUAUUCGUCCGAGAACAACUUCGCUCUAGGCAACAGUGAUCGACGCUGUGUUAAUGCUGCUUUGAAUGGUAGGUGUUCGCAUCCAAGCAUUUUUCGUCGUAAGCUGCUUUUUAUGGCCAACUUUUUUCAAUUCAUGACGGUGUGCCGUUUUGGAACAAAAAAAGAAAAGCUGUAGACCGCGUAAUUUUAACACCCGGCUAUAAGUCAAUGUGAACAGUCAAUUUAGUUAGUUACCUGCAUCUCCCAUAUUAAGAAAAUAGAAGAAAAAAAGCACCGAAGUGUUGUGCCAAAGAUCAUAAUGCGCGGUAAUGAGCUGCGUGCUUACAUUUGAAAUGUUUUAAUGAACGCCAAUAGAGUGCACUUUGCCGCGAUAGUUAACAUCUUAACCUCUCUUGUGUGCUUCUUUUUUUUUUUUCUUGCCGGUAAAUUACUAGCUCUUUACAGACCACAGUCAGGAAGAUAGACUAGUAAUAAUUAUAACACUUAAGUAAUGGUUAAUGAGACGCUGGGAUAUGAGAAGCUGCUGCGCUUAAUUAUAUAGUGGCAGCUAAAGAACGCGUAUUGCGGCUACACUGAUGUUUGCGUCCCUAUUUAUUGUGUUUUACAAAGCAUUUAUAGCAUUAGUGUAUGUGGGUAAGACAAUUUUCGCAUGACAAAUGGGAACAGAAACAAUGCCUUCAAAAUAUUUGUUCGAUGUCGAAUUGAAAACUCGGCAGCUAUAACGCUGGCCGUACAAAUACAUUAUUGGCCAUGAGCUCUGUUAAUGACAAAGAUUGUGGGAAUCAAAGAUUGUGGGAAUCGUCAUCGGGACGUUUGGGAAAGUGCAGAGUGCCUCAGUUAAAUUUGUCGCAUAAUUUUCUAAACUUUGUCUUCUGGUGGGACGAAACAAGUGCUAACUCCGUUUCAACUCCUUUUGCGAAAUCUAGGUAUAGGGUUAAGCUCAGACUGCAACUAAACUAAUUAGCAUAAACAAUGAUGACGCAACCUAAUUAGCAUACCAUCAUAGUACUAACGAGGUUUAUGAAGUCAUAAAUUAAUAGCAAUCACUUUAUCGAGAUGGUUAGCGCCAUGCGCAACCAUCGUAACGAAGUCUUAUUCGCUGCUUUUCAUUGACACAAGCGCCUGAUGACAUCGUAGAACGAAAAAUUCCCCCGUUAAAGCAAAGGACGCUAUCACCUCUAUGGUGUCGUCGUAAUGUCGCGUCCUCUUUGCGUUUCACAUUGCAUGACUUUAGUAUCCGCACCCGCCAAAGGGGAUAACAGAGCAAGAAGUUUUAAUUUCCAACAACGGUGGCAGCGGCGUCCUCUUUGUUUCGAGCUUAUUUGCAAAACUUAACUUAUUUCAUUCCGCUACACGAGCAUUUUGUUCUGUCUCACCACGGGCACCAUGCGACGAUUUGUUUACCACCAGCGUGCCUUCAGUGCCAUCAGAAACGUUCUUUUUUUUUUUUUUUUCGCCUUCAAUCUUACGUGCACUAUAAAGAUGUUGUUUCGUAAA